AUGGACAAGGGAAGGCGAUUGGCGAGCAAGUCGUACGGGUAUGGCCGGAUCAUCGUGAUUUGGUCGGCCCUAUUCUGCUUCCUCCAGGUCUGGAGAUGGGAACUUGCUCCGACGGCCACUGAUUCGGGUCGUGGCUUCAUUAUAAAACAGGUUUCGUCGUCGCUGUUUCAGCGGGGCAUCGAAGCUCGGAGUGCAAAACUCGCAUGCCGGGCACGGAAAGCGGCUGCUGCGGCCAAAGCUGCUGACGCGGCCGAAGAAGACUCAAAACCAAAGAAGAAACGAAGAGGCAAGGCGGCCCCAAAGCCCUCCGAUGCCGAGCGCACGGCAGACGGCGGGGCAGCACCAGGCGCUUGGGAGAAGAAGCGGGACCAGAUGCUAUUGGCCGCGGUUCGGAUCCAGAGCCAUGGGGGAACUCAGGGCUCGGGAUUUGUCAUAUCCACCUCGGCGAACGGGACCUUUGCCCAGGUCCUGACGAAUCACCAUGUCAUCCGAGACAGCAUCCAUCAACAUGACCGCUGGGAUCCCGUGGCAGAGUCCUCCAAGAAGGUGGACCGUUUCAUGCCCGUGAUAGUAGAGAGCUUCGACUACGACGAGCGAGGCCGGCAUUUGCGCACGGUGCAAACAGCUGCAGACAUUGUUGCUUACUCCAUGUAUGGUGACAAGUGGUCCUUCGAGGGCGACUUGGCAUUGGUGAAGCUGAAAGCUCCCAUCACCAAUCCAGCGGCAACUGUCAUCGAUGAAGGCGACUUUGACGAGGUGCGCGCCCUGGAUGAGAUCAUCAUGUUCGGCUGUCCUGACGCAUCGGAGCUCCCAUUGCCCACGACGGGUCACGUUGCAUCCAUGUCGGAACAACGUGCCGGCAUCGGCUUGAUGCUGUCCCAGGUUUUUGGGAACCCUGGCAGUUCCGGAAGCGCGGUCUUUCGCUACUCUGAGAAGCGGUCGAGAUACGAGGUAAUUGCAAUACAUUCCCUUACAGACUCUCGUGGAAGUCUGACGGAUGUGGGUCGAGGUUGUUUCCUGCGCUUGGCCAUCCAAGCACCCGAAAUUCACAAGUUUCUGAGGUUGCACAAUAUGGGCCAUCUUCUCGGGCUUGAGACUGACCAAAGCAACGAAAGCCAGGCCCAGCCCGCUUGA